UUACUAUAAAUCACACGUUGUUAAUACAUACAUUGAUUCGAUGUUUUCAUCAUGGCUGGGUCAAGAAUUGAUAAAUUUUCAAAUAUAUUUGCAAGAGUGGAAGGAAUGAUACGAUCGGGAGCUUUGAAAUAUGAAGACAAACCAAUCUGGUUUAAUGUAUACAAAGUAUUUCCACCAAAAGUAAAUCCAACUUAUACAAGGAAACCAUCAGAAAAUCAACAAGUAGUUAAUAUACUCUACCCAGAAGAUCUAGUCAGAGCGAAAUAUUAUGCAGUAUAUGGCAGUAAAAAAUCACAAGAAGUAGUAGACUUAACAGAAAAAGAAACACCCACCCAGUGUCAAAGAUUUGUAGAUAAGUAUUUUGAAUUAAAGAAAUCUGGAAGAGUAAGUGAUGAUGAUUUAUUUAGACAAGCAGCUAGUUUCAUGAGAGCCCAAGGUUUUAAACUAGAGUCAGAGGUUGAAAAGAAAGAACAGAAAGAAUUACAUAAUAUGGCUCAAGAGAUGUUUCCUAGUUAAUCGUGUGUGUGUUUGUGUUUGUGCUAAGACUUAAGAAGCGAACUCAUAGAAAUAAGAUAUGGAUAGAAUAAAAAAUGACACAUGCUGUCCAAAUGCAGAUGGGAAGAGUGUUCAGAGUGUCAAUAAAAUGCUAUUAAAUUUA